GGAGAAAGAAGAAAGGGCGGGACUUCCGGCGACCGCAACCUCACAACCGACAUGUCAACAACAUGCGGGAGUCCAGCAGAGAAACACAAACUGAGGAUGGGAGAAGGCACGAGCCACAAACACAGCGACAAAACAGGGCGUCACACAACAUCGUGUCUACUAUCUCUUGGUUGGUAGAUGACAACCUCACACUUGUGCGGAGCAUAAGUGGCGGGCUUGCUCUUGCUGGGGUGAUUCUAAUUGCAAGGAGCAUCAAACUGAUCACCAAAUUUCAAGCAGUGUCUGAAAUUCCCGCUCGUUUCGUGGAGAACAACGUCAGCCUCCGCGGGAGAGUUCAUUCCGUCAAGGAGCAAAGCCUCCAAGUGGAACACGUGCCUAUUUCUCUGCCUCUGUUGUCACCUUUACUCACCAAACACAAAGGUGUACCCUCCUCACCCUUGCUUGUGAACCUGGCCGGCGUGGAUCUGACGGCAGAUGGCAAGUUAUGGCUGCAGAGGAGCGUACUUCCCACUCAGACGGUGUGGUUGCAGCUAAUUAGCCGACAAGACGACACGUUGCACUGUUUUGUGACCCACAACAAGCAGGGGUCGUCCUGGGGCCGCUCAGUGAACGAACAGGCCCUGAGUCUGGGUCUCGCCCGCACUGCUCCGGUCACUGGCCUCUCGCCAGACACUCGCUUAUACUGGCGUCUGCACAAGCGGCUGCACAGGGCAGAGGUCAAAGCCGAGAAGAAGCGUUUGGGUCUGUGGAAGGAGGAGAGCCAAUGGAAAAGGGUCGUCAAGAUUGUGCGGCACAAUGCAUUAUUUCGACUGAUACGGAGGAUCUUUCGGAAGACCUGAUGAGUAGAUACAACCUCUUUGUUUUGUUUUUCUUUUGUGAAUUACUUUACAUUUAAAGUAAAUUCAAUCCAUGU